AUGCCUGCUGACGCCGAUGCUGAUACCUUCUAUUACAAUGCUGCCUUCGUUGCCGAGUGGAUGCUACCAACAGACCUCAGACUUCGCUUGCCCGAGGCUCUUGUGACAGAGCUUGACGACUGGAAAGCUGCAGGCGCCGCCGUUUGCACAGCCCUGGCUCGAAUUGACAAGCUCGAUGACGAAAGUCUUCACCGAGGCUGGCCCUCCAGACCCAACGGACAUCUCUCGCGUACUACUUCUGACUGCUCCGCCGUUGGAUCCCUCCAGUUUCCUACCACAGGAUCUAUGGAGAUGUCGUCUCCUCAGACACGAGUUGCUCUGCCCUCACUUCAGACGAGUUUCGGCAGCACCUUAUCGACCACUCCAAACACACCACCUUUUACUCCCCGCGACAGCAUCGUGGGCGAUGAGGUUGAUGAGAUCAGCGCAUCAUUUCGCGACAAGGUCAGUCUCGAGCACGUUAAUUCCAUGUUGGCCACCAGAGUUCGACGCGCUUCAGAGUCUGCUGAUUCUCCUUCGCCAAUCAUGAGCCCUAUCUCUCGUCAAUCCUCGAACGAACUCGCCUUUGGUACCGAUCAACUGUUCGACGAGAGUGCUUGGGAAACAUUCCUGCGUUCGUAUGAAGCCGAGCUCGACCAUCUUCGAUCGGAGACAUUGGUUCGUUUCAGGCACAUUGGCAAGUCUGUAGACAGACUUUGGCUGCAUCUCAGAUGCGAUGGUGUACAUCCAGUCUCUAGAUCGACGGCUGCUGAGUUCGUCGCCUGGUGGGAAAGGAUGAACGAGAAGGAGCAGGAGUACGAGAAAGAAGUCCAGACGCUGGAAGUGCCUCAACUCGAGCUGGUCAGUUUCCAACGCGCAUCACAAGGUCUGUCUACCUGA